UGUGGCCUCACAGCUAUAUCAUUAAUUCGGCGAUAAUUUUAGUCCCGCCCAGAGUCCCGGAUUUUUUUAUCCGCCACUAUUCAUUCCCAUUUUAUCCUCAUAAACUGCAUGUCAAAAGACCUAUACACCCCUGCACAUCCACUUAAUUACCGAUUCCCACCAAUUAAUGUGUGCUGGACCAAAUCUUGCCCUAACCUAACAAAAUCGAUCUUGCAGAAGGAGAGGUGGAGGUCUUCGUCAUUCCGCCGCCAAGGCUCGGGGGAGAAGAAUGAAUUCGAUUUUGUACAUAAGGUAAGUCUUGCUAAGAAACGAAGGAAAGGAUAUGGAGGAGCAAUUUAUACUGAGAGUGCCCCCAGCAGUUGCUGAGAGAAUAGAGCGUCUGUUGAACGAUUCUUCUUCUUCUGAAGACAAAUCCUUGGACUUGUCAUUUUCUGAUGAUGGAAGGACUGGCAAAUUCGUAAUCGGGAAUGACAGUUUCUCCGCAUCCCUCUUGGAUCUUCCCACUGUUGUAGAGUCUUACAAAACAUAUGACGACAAUGUGUUGAUCAAAACUGCAGAUAUUGGCCAGAUGAUAAUGGUGAGAGAGGAGGGUGACAGUGCAGAAACAGGGGAGUACAGGCAUGGGCUUACUCCACCAAUGAGGGAUGCUCGAAGGCGAAGAUUUAGGCGGGAGCCUGACUUAAAUCCGGAGCUUGUCCGUCGUGUCGAGAAAGAUUUGCAAAACAUCAUGGCUGAAGAGUUUGAUGCCACUAAUACUGGUAAGAAUGUGGUUUCAACAUCUUCAGCAAAGCCAGAUGUGCCUGAAACUGGAAUGGUAGGUGGGGAGCCUGACCCUGAUGGGAGUGAUUCAGAUGAGACUGAUGACUCUAUGUGA